AUGCCGAAGAGUUACAGGAAUUACUCAAAAACAGCUAGGAACCCAAAGCGACCCUUUGAAAAGGAACGUUUAGAUCAAGAAUUGAAGCUAAUUGGUGAAUAUGGACUUAAGAACAAGAGAGAAAUAUGGAGAGUUCAAUACCUAUUAGCAAAAAUACGAUCAGCAGCUAGAUACCUAUUAACCUUAGAUGAAAAAAGCUCAAAGAGAAUAUUUCAGGGAGAGGCAUUACUAAGACGUAUGGUGCGCCAAGGUUUAUUGGGAGAAAAUGAAGAAAAGUUAGAUUAUGUAUUAGGUUUAACUUUACCUAAAUUGUUAGAACGUAGAUUGCAGACAAAGGUUUUUAAAUUAGGACUAGCCAAAUCUGUACAUCAUGCCAGAGUACUAAUACGACAAAGACAUAUUAGAGUUGGAAAACAGAUGGUAGAUAUUCCUUCUUUCUUAGUUCGUGUGGAUUCUGAGAAACAUAUUGAUUUCUCAACAACUUCUCCCUUUGGAGGUUCUAGACCAGGAAGAGUCAAGAGAAAGACCUUAAAGAACCAGAAGGAAAAGAAUGAUAAUGAGGAAAAUAACUGA